UGCUUUAUGCAUUUUUCGGGCUACGGCUACUGUACAUUGCAUGGAGAUCUAAUGCAAAGGCAUCACAGAAGAAGGAAAUGGAAGAAGUUGAAGAAAAGCUUGAGACAGGGCAAGGGAAAAGCACAUUUCGCCGCUUUUUUUCAAGAUUUUGUACGCCUAUCUUUUUAGAGUCGUUUAUCUUGACCUUUUUAGCAGAAUGGGGGGAUCGUAGUCAAAUAGCAACAAUUGCGGCAUUCUUUGUUGGCAGGACAUUUGGUUAGGAGAUCACCUUCUUUCAACAUUGUUCACAAAGCCUAUACCAUGCAACAGAAAAUGAAGAAGCAAAGUGGCAGUUUAUUGGAGCCCUGCAUCAAGGAGCUGGGAAAUUAUGUUAAGCACUCUCUUCGUCCGGUCAUUGUCGAAGAACUAAAAGAUCUGGCCACCAUUCUUCAAUGCAUCUCACCUCAUGGACAGCCAAAUUGGGGAUGGCUUGAAAGCAACAUUUAUUCAGUGGAGUCCUUCUACAGGUUUGUUUAUCAAGAAGGGUUAUCUAUCCCCUUGUCUCAGCUUUAUGGACAGCAGUACCACCACAAAAAUCGAAGUGUUUAUGUGGCUGGCCUUGAAGAACAAGCUCAACACAAGGAAAAUCCUAAACAAAAAGGGUGGUCCGCCAUGCUCCAUUGACCCUCAUUGUAAAGCAAGUAUUUAUUAGUGCACUAUUAAGAAUCAGAUGGCCAAUGAGAACUACUAUAAAAACACUCUGGAUGGAUGUCAGAAAAUAAAGGAAAACUGAGAGGCUA